AUGAGUUUGGGCAGGCUUGUCCGUCCAGGUCUUACUCCAACACCAGCCUCAAGACACUUCCCGCUCAGCUCGAUACCCACGUUUUUCCAUCGCUCCUUCUUUGAUGGUAAAAGGCUCCCAUCGCUCAUUCCACCGCAGGUCGCCAUACGACAAUCUCUUCUAACAUCACAUAACUCACAGCUCUCCUUCGUCAGAUCCACCAUCAGAUCACAAUCGACAACCACCAAGUCUCGAGAAGAAUCUCAAUCGUCCCAACCCCAAAAACCAUCGUCCACUUCCGCCGAAGCUAUCAAUGACGAAGCUUCCCAAGUCCAUGCAGAGACCAUCCCGCCUACACCUUCUCCAGUAGCCUUGCCCCCUUCCGCUCCAGUACCAACAAACAACCAAGCUCCCGAUACGACCUCUCUUCUCAAACUCCUUUCAUUCGCUAGACCGCAGCUGCCUCUAAUAUCUGUGGGUAUAUUCUGCCUUUGUAUCAGUACCGGUGUCAGUCUCGCCUGGCCUUGGGCUAUAGGACGUAUCAUAGAUUUUUUCGCUCCUGGAUCAGAAGCCACCCUUCUCUUUGGCUUACCUUUGGAAUGGGCCGUUGGGAUCACUACCUUCGCUCUGUUGAUUGGCGCUGCUGCGAACUCUUGUCGAAGUAUAGCGCUGCGUCUAGCGGGACAAAGAACAAUGGCAAGAAUACGAAAUAUGACUUACGCCAAAUUCAUGGCUCUCCCACCAUCACAUAUCGAAACGACAGGAGUUGGUGACGCUCUCUCUAGACUCAGUCAGGAUACUUCGAUUAUCGGUAAUUCUCUCUCGGAGAAUCUUGGAGAAGGCUUAAAGGCUGUCUUAUCUGCGGUCGUGGGUGUAGGAGCCAUGUGGAUGCUGUCCCCCAGUUUGACCAUGUGCAUGCUUCUAGUCAUCCCCCCAAUAUCGGUCAGCUCUUUCUUCUACGGCAAGUAUAUCCGAAAGCUCGCACUUCGAACACAAGAAGCUAUGGGAAAUAUGAGCAAGCUGGCGGAAGAACGAUUGUCUGCACAUAGGACGGUCACAGCUUUGAAUAACCAGUCAACGGAAGAAAAGCUUUUCGCCAGCAAAGCUGGAGAAGUGUACAAGCUACAAAAGAAAGAGACUGUGGCCAACGGUAUCUUUCAAAAUGUCAAUGAAGUAGCGGGUGACAUAGGCAUGAUCGGUUUAUUGCUAUAUGGUGGAUUUUUGGUCAGACGAGGAGAGAUUAGCAUCGGAGACAUGACAAGUCUUCUCAUUUACGUCAAUUGGAUCGAAUGGAGUUUGAAUACUAUCGCAGGUUUCUUCACGGGACUUAUGAAAGGUGUCGGAGCUUCACAACGUAUCACUAGUCUCCAUGAAUUACCUUCACCAAUACCUCUGUCGAUCGGCAAGCCAGUCCCACCAGAACGAGAUGGCACGAUCGAAUUACGAGAUGUAGCCUUUGCCUACCCAGCUCGACCCGACUCUCUCGUUUUGGAUGGUCUUAACCUGCGUAUCGACAGAGGCGAGAGAGUGGCUUUAGUAGGUGGUAGUGGUAGUGGUAAAUCCUCCGUGCAAUUGUUAUUACUUCGUUUCUACGACCCAAUCAGAGGUCAAGUUCUAUUCGAUGGUCAAGAUAUCAAAUCUUUCAUACCCGAAUCGUGGCGUUCUCGUAUCGGUGUUGUACCACAGGAUCCUAUCCUUUUUGGCGGUACUAUUGCGGAGAAUAUCGCCUACGGUCAUCCAAAUGCUACUCGAGAGGAAAUCAUCCGCGCGGCAAAUAUUGCCAGUUGUGACUUUAUAUCCAGGCUUCCAUCUGGAUACGAUACUAUCAUCACUAAAGCUAGUUUAUCAGGCGGACAGAGACAACGCAUCGCCAUCGCCCGUGCUCUCAUCGGAGAUCCUCAUGUUUUAUUAAUGGAUGAAGCCACCAGUGCACUGGAUGCGGAAUCUGAACGAACAGUCAAUUUGGCAUUGCAGAAAUUAUUCACAAAAUCGGACAUCACCGUUAUACUUGUUGCCCAUAGACUCUCUAGCAUUGCCAGUGCGGAUAGAGUCGUGUUACUCGAAGGUGGGAAAGUGGUAGAGGACGGAAGUUAUGUCAGUUUGAUCACUCGAAGAGGGGGGAAAUUCAGAAAGAUGGUCGAAGGUCAAAUGGCCAAAGUUGGUGAGAUUGCGACAUUUGUCUCAGACGAUCCGGAACCUCAAUCUACCUCAGAA